AUGAAACCGGAAUCGGUAUUCAAUGCCGAUGAACUUUCAAUAAUAACUCGAUGGAUACUUUCAUUAGCACCAUCAACUGUUAAUGAUAUGCUUUCAAUUGUUGUUAAACGUCGUCAAUUAUCUGAACAAAUCCAAUCUGAUAUUACACUUAAAUUACCUGAUGGAUCAGAAAAACUUUUACGAGACUUAUUUCAAGGAAAACCAAAUGAUUUAUUAUCUGCUUUUCGUGCUUCACGAUGGACUAUUCCAGAGAAUGGAGAACCAUUAACAGAAGAAAAUGUUGAAACAUGUGCAUUAAUGAAAUCGACAUAUCAACAUGGAGUUCUUGAACAUGUUUUUAAUCAAGAUAAACAAAUUAUUCGAACUUGGUUACUAGAUGGAUCACCUCUCAUAAAUGAAACACUUCAAGAAUCAACUGAUGAAAAUAAUCAUGUUGAAAUAUUAUCACAUAAAUUUUUUCAAUUUGAAUAUUAA